AUGGAUCCCAACGCUGCCGGCUAUCCUGCUCUGCAGCAGCAGCACAACGCAGGCUAUCCUGUCACCACACAGAGUCCACACGGACAGCAGUUCCCUUUCUAUCCGAAUGCUAUGCCCUCCUCCUCAUUUUCCCAAUCCAAGACGCCGGUCCCCCAAUCCCAUCAGCAGCAUUCUUUCGGUCCUGUGCCUCUGCAGUCUGGCGGUCCCGGUGGAGCUAUGAUGCCGUCUGGUUUCCCCGAGCAUCCGUCUGGACCCCACGGGAAUUUCUCUGCUGCUUUCACCCAACCUCCUGUUCCAGCCACUCUUAGCCAGUUCGUGCCGCCUCAGGGCACCCCGACCUCGAACAUGUCCCCGAGUAUGGCGCAAAACUUCACCCAAAACAUGGCUUCAGUCUCUGCGAAUAGCAUGCUUCCAGCACAACAAUCACAACAACAACAACAACAACGUCCUGUCCAGCAGCCAAAUCAACAGCAAGCACCCGUUCCGGCAGCAGGGCAAAGUCAGGCAGCGGCAGCGCGAGAGAAGGCUCGUGUCUCGACCCUUCUGGAUAUCAAUUCGGUCUUGUUGCAAGAGGUCGUCAAUCUGCAGGCGGCUGGUAAGGCUGGUGGGCCUCCCAAUCAACAAGGAUCGCAAGACAACAAUCCAUCACCAACUUCCGACCAGGCCUCCGACGCGGCCAAGGGUCCGACGCAAAAGCCCAGUCUCGAGUAUGUCGAGUGUAUGCGUCGUCUGCAGGCCAACCUGGCCUAUCUGGCAACUAUUGCCGAUCGGGCUAAGAAAUCUGGUGGUGUGGCUCCCGCCGCUCCGGCCAUCAUGACGCCGCCUCCCAAUAUGCCAACGAUAAACGAGCUCUAUAACAAGUUGAAUGAGCUGUUCCGGACGUCGAAAGGUGCCGUGGGUACCCCCCAACCUAGCCCGCAAGGUACGCCUGGCAACGGCAAACCGAGCCCAUCACCCGCGGCCGAGUCGGCGGUUUGA